UUCACGGGGACCCACUCAGCAGAAAGCCAACUUGCUCUCCGCGCAGUGAUUGGCCGGAAGUCAGCUGCCGCCCGUCCGCGGCGCAGUCGCUGCGUCGUUAGUAAAGGCAGCACAGGCGCCGGUCUGAAGUGUCGGUUGUGGUCGCGUUCUCCCGAACCCGGUCUGUGAAUACAGCAGCGUGGCCAUGGCAGAACCACAGCUCGCGUCCUGCGGCCUCACGGACGAGGCCGCCCUCGGUUGCUGCUCGGACGCAGAACCCAGCACCAAGGAUUUUCUGUUGCAGCAGACCAUGCUGCGGAUUAAGGAUCCUAAGAAGUCACUGGAUUUUUAUACUAGAAUUCUUGGGAUGACGCUACUCCAAAAAUUAGAUUUUCCCACUAUGAAAUUUUCCCUCUAUUUCUUGGCUUAUGAGGAUAAAAAUGACAUCCCAAAGGAUAAAGGUGAAAAAGUAGCAUGGGUAUUCUCCAGAAAAGCUACACUUGAACUAACACACAACUGGGGCACUGAAGACGAUGAGACCCAGAGUUACCACAGUGGAAAUUCAGACCCUCGAGGAUUUGGUCACAUUGGAAUUGCUGUUCCUGAUGUACAUGGUGCUUGUAAAAGGUUUGAAGAACUGGGAGUCAAAUUUGUGAAGAAACCUGAUGAUGGUAAAAUGAAAGGCCUGGCAUUUAUUCAAGAUCCUGAUGGCUACUGGAUUGAAAUUUUGAAUCCUAACAAAAUGACAACUAUUAUUUAGUUCUCUGAAAGUACUGCUUUGUGAUUUCAGUGAAGACAUUGUGGGAGGUAAAAAAUGAAACAGAGUACUGAGAUAACAGAAGCAUCUAGGAAUAAUGGAUCAUUGUCCCAAUUCAAAUUAUUAUUAAAUUUAUUUCCCUUUCCCAUUUCAAAUAUGUUUAUCAUCCAACUGUUCAGUCAGUUCUAGUUUUAAAGUAAUGCUUUGUCUUAUGUCCUUGAAUGUAGUUGAAUAACUUUCCUUUUUUAGGUAGUAAUUAGAAUAAUUCCCUCCAGAGGCUGCAUUUGCCUUCUGUCUCCUAAGUAUGACUUCUCUACAAGUCUGCCUUUGAAUCCUCACUUUCAAAAAAGCAUUUAACAUGUUUUUGUUGUGGUUACCUUCGGGAUUUCAGUUUCUCAGAAACACUUUUCACAGUGGAAAGUAAAGAACACUGAACAAAAUGAAACUUUGUGUGUACUUCAAAGAGUAUAAAGUGUUUAUUUUACAAAAGAGAAGGUACUCUUGGGAGCAAUUUAGAAUUAUGCUGACAAGGAUGCUGAUAGAAGAACUAAUUUCUUCUUAUUUACAAAGUACUUUCAAAGUUCAAGGACGACCUUCUUUAUUUUGGGGUGGGGAGGAGACUUGGAAUAUGUUUUGAGUAUGCAGACACUGUACUAGGCUUUAUCUCACCUAAUUCUCCCAACUAUCCUGUGAGAAAGAAAGCAGGUUAGACAUGUAAAAAAACUUUAAUGAAUCAAAGGCAAUAGAAAUCGGCUCAUGUACUCAAGAUCUCAUCAUUUUCAGUCUGUCGAUUGUACCUCAAAAAUUAGUACCUCGCAGUCCCUCCUCUGUUAGUCUCUGUUGUGAAAACCCUCAGUGGGUUUGUGCAUUGUCCUUUCAGCUCUCAGGCCUGGAUACCAGCACAGGGAAGAAGCAGUGGAGGAAGUCUCUAGCACAUAGCUACUCUGGGGAUGCCCAUUAUUCCUGUGCAAUAGUGCUUAUAUUACUUGUGAAGAGCCCCUACCCCAAGGUCUUACUAAAAGAUGCCAGUAAUCAUUUAGGAUAAAUUAUGUUCAGUGAUAACAUAGCUUAGUUAUCAGAAAUCAGCUCAGUGUUCAUCCCUGCCAUGAUUGACAUUUGGUAGGUUUUAAAAAAUUGAACUGAUCAUGAAAAUCUCUUAUGUGCCAGAGAAUACAGACAUCCAGAAAAUACAAAUCUCUAUUUAGAUUUUCUCUUGUCCUAGUGGAAGACCUUUGGAUAGGCCCUCCUAACUGUGCUUACAUGCUAAAAGCACUUUACCUUUCCUUUUUGGAUGGAACUGAUUAUGUGAGCAAUUCGAACAAAUAGUAGCACUUAUAGAUUGAGGCAAAAUAAAAUUUUACAUAGGAUUGUGUUUAAUUUGUAAA